AUGGCACGUCGAGUUAACAAGUACCGGAACAUCCUGCCCUCUGAUCGAACCGUCGUGUCAUUCUCUAUGCCGCUGGCAGAGUACCUGAUCGUCCUCGAGGUGCAAGUGCUGUUCGUCUGCGUCGUCUUUGAAGCCUACGCCCUAGACCACCACCAGCCGAACCAGGUUGGAUACACGGGUGCAGGCUUUGCAGGCUAUGCUACUCCAUCGGCGCCCUAUGGAAGAUACAACGUCUAUGACUCUCCACCUCAGCCGUACAGUUUCGGCUACGACAACGUGGACGAGUACGGCAACCGGCAGUUCCGCAUCGAGAAAGGCGACUCCAACAACGCCAAGACCGGCUCGUACGGCUACCGUGACGUCAACGGCCUCUACCGACGGGUAAAUUACGUGGCCGACGCGAACGGCUUCCGUGUCACCGUGGACACCAACGAGCCGGGCACCGCCCCUGGUGCCAGCGCCGACGCGGUCUUCAACGCUGCGCCAGUCGUCCCUCCGGUUCCUUCAGGAGCUGCACAGACUGGUGCACCGACAGCCUUUGCUGCUAGGGCGGCAGCGCCUUACAAUGCUCGUGGCUACCGUGGGUACGGCAGAUACGGCUACAACCCGUACGCAGCCGUUGCUGGAGCCGAUAACGCCCCGUACGGACGUCAGGGUCUUGUGACUAGCAGUCCUGCACUUGGUGGAUACGCUUAUGGUGGCAGUGUUCCCUAUGACUACGGGACUGCCGGAUAUGCAGUGGGUUACGCUCCGGGUGUCUAUGGCGCCCCAGCUACAUAUGGAGGUUGGCCCUCUGCUCAUCAUGGUUACCGCCGCCGGUAAUCAAAUUCGUUGCAGUGUGUAUGGAAUAUAAGCCUGAGAAGUUUGACUUGUAGUGUCGUUAAGCGUGUUUCGUGCACGUUCAUACAGUUGAAGCAAAAAGCGAAUAAAAAUGAUAUGUGAUACGCGAAAGAAAGAAAUUUUUCAU